CAGAGUGGGACCCGGAAACCCAUGCAGGUGUCUCAUGCCGGAUUCUUCGCCCAUUAUAUUUCCCGGAGCAUCUCGCUCAAAUUCGUUGGCAAGCACGGUCAGUAGUAGCGGGGCCAGUUUAUCCCGUCGCUCGCGCAUAAGAAAACGGACGCGAACGACCACGGAGUCCUCGCGUCCAGAAUGCAUACCAACUGAAUUUGACAACGUCUUGGACAUCUCUGCUUCGCACAAUCAAGAGCUGGUCUCUACUUCACUCAACGGUCCGUCCGAGACACCAAACGACCCCCCGGCAUCCCAUUCUGAGACUGGGAAUAAUAUCUCUGACAUUCACAACAAUGUCAACCCUAAUACGAGCAAGGAGACAUGUGGAACAUUUGGACCAGUUGGGCAGAACUGGAGCCUGGUUCGACUGGGCAGUCAACCCGAGCCACCGCGGAAGGUGGAAAUCAUUGCAGCUCCAACAACAUUUAUGAAGGGGAAGGGGCGAAACUCGAAUCUACCCCGCCUUACUUCUCCCCCGUCUUCUUUCCGACCUACUCAUGCUGAAGCAUGCGGGAUUCGCUUGCUUACCCAACAGUCUUCGACGUCCUCUUCAGUUUACCCGCUCAGCACGUCGACAGGAACAGAGUCUACCCCCUUCUCCAGUGACGUCUCGAAAGUGCAGGAAUUUGAUGCAGAUGACGUUUCAUAUCGCCUUCGGUUACUCAUGAAGAACAGCUACUUCCUUCCCCCUGCUCACUCUAAACCGUCGCCUUCUGAUUUUCCUCCUGCCAUCAAUCCCACGAAGAAGGCGCCCGCACCUGCCUUUUUGGACUUGUUCCGUGUUGGGAAAGCAAAAUCAAAGCCGGCCAGUCCUGAUGCACCGGCUCCUGUGGUUAGGGUGACGUCAGACUCGACGACUGCAUCUCGUUAUGUUCUUCGCGACAACGCACGUCCGUCCAUGCAAGUGUUCCGCCCACCACUGGGUGCAAGCCUGAAGGUCGAUCUGAACACUCACGAGUUCCUGGCGGAUCGCGAGCGGGCGACUCGGCGAUGUAAGCCCGAAAUCUUUGAUGGGAUUGUCGAUCCUACGGAUGUGGUUGAUAUCCCGCCACCAUCCGCGAACUAUCCGCUUGCCUUGCAGGCUUCUGCUCUACACGGCUUGGGUAUCGAGGAGUCGGUUGGAGCGGCCGUACUGGCAGAGCGUUUACCGCCCCCUGCGAGCCCUGGUGCAUCCACUCUAGACCCUCGGGACAAUGCAUGGAGGAAAGCACUUCUCCACGAAGCUGUAAAUCAUUCCCUCAACAAUUCAGCUGCGUCACUCUCCGCCGUUCACUCAACGCCUACGAAGUCACCGCACCAUGUUAGGUCAUCUGAGUCUUUGAACCAUAUAGGCAUUCAACAACAGAAGAAAAUGUUGGAGCAGAAGAUAUUGAGCCAUCCGAUCAUUGAUCCUUCUGAAGACUUCGAUCCCCCAUUCAGUCCGACUCCUGCCGCUCCCGCGAAUCCCACUGGUCCUCCCGCCACACUUACAGCCGCUCUAAUCCCCGAUAUUCAUCGGUUGUCUAACUAUGCCCCUCUCCGUGCCGAAACCCCUGUACCGCAUAUACCUCUAUCUCCGCCACCGCGUCGAGCUCUCCCGUAUUCAAAGUCGCAAACGGACCUAUCAACCCCGAUGCAAGUGCUCCUUGCUCAACGUCCUAAGAAAGUGUUGCGUAGGUCUAUGUCGUCACCUAUGCUCUCUGAUACGCAUGAAGCAAGGACCGCUGGGACGAUGACACCGACAAAGACUCCACCCCCGAUGCCUUCCCUCAGCGUUUCGCCGAACCCUUCGUCGCACCACCGUAUCAGUCUGAUCACGAGCUUGUCGCGCUACACGAGUGAGCCUGAGGACGUAGCCGUUCCGCAUGAACCAGCUUUCAGGCCAUCCCUUGUGUUGUCGGUGCAAAGUAUAGAUGGACGUCCAACUUCGUCGGAAUACUCACAGCCUUCGCCUACCGCCUCCGCGUUCCGUGACCGGUGGUCGGAGGGGUAUUACUCUGCCAACUCGCAACUCCAGCUUGCAGGGUCGCCACAUAAUCUCCGGGAACCCCCUACAUCACCUGCGAGUCGUUCGUCGCGCUUAUCUGCGAUGUCACCACCACCCCGAUCGUCUUCUUCGCUUGCCGGUAUUGCACUUACCCCAGCCCCUCGUCCAGGAUACCUGCCUUUCCACUCCACAUCCUCACGCAUUGUGCCACCCUCUCGAUCAUCCUCCGAUCUUAGCCGAGGAACCUUCCGCUCGUUUGUAUCAGUUUCGGCAUCACAGCAUAUGCAAUUACCCACACCUCUAGAUGUGAAUCAUUCAGUGCUCAGUUUUCACUCUGCCCUCCAUUCUGCGCCGCCCCCUUCGUCUACCGCUGAGUUCUUUGAUCAUAUACAAGGUUAUCCAAGUGCCAUGGAUGGACUAUAUGAUUCGGAGGACAGUGCCAGUGAAGCGGACCCAGAAUUAACCGCCGUCUAUGCUCCUCCUCCAGAGCCGCAACGUUCGUUUACGCGACUGGGCAAUCAUUCUACGCCCGACAUUAUGCGUGGUGCUACUGUGCCAUAUUAUCCUACUGGUAUUUCUAAAGAUCGGAAGAAGCCCGUUGGCAACGCUCCGCCGGAAAAGCACUACUUUACGAACCUUAAGGCGUCACCGCACUCCCUCUCACAGUUAUCACUGUCCCAGAACUCGAAAGAGCAUCUUAUCGAAUCCCAGUCGUCUUCCCCUCUUCGUCGACCAGCUACGCCAGGGGAAGAAAACAUUCGUCGAUGGCAGAGGGAACAGUUAGCUCUAGAAGAAUCGUCCAAGAAAUUGGAUGGGAUGGUUAUACAACAUAUGCAGGCAGAACGAGAUACGAUGAGGAGGAUUGCUGAAACUGCAAAAGUACCGAAGUCAUGAAGUUUUCUCUGCUCUAUCAACGUCGCUUUUUUUUUUUUUU